GUGAUAUCGACCAUCUCUCUAUGCAGCUCCCUUCUCACCUCUUUGGCACGUUCUUCCCUGACAGUGUUGUCGCUGGUGGUCUGAUCACUGCUGUCAGCAAGAAGUUCGCUAUCAAUUUGUCGAAGGGGGUCGCAGGCAUGCCCAGGCGUUCCACGACAUCCUACAUCCUGCCUGAUCUGAUCGAGUUCCACCAAGACAUGGACGCGCGUAGGGCCGUUGUAGAUGACAUGAUUGACCACGCAGCGCGGCUGGAUCUUAUUUAUUGCUCGCUGCCCAGUGCCAUUCUUGCGGAUAUGACCAUCUCUGCGCCAACAAUCGGCCGUCUGAAGAUCGAUGCGCCGUCUGGCCGCAUCCCCGCCGCGUCGAGCAUUUCGAUGUGCACCCCUGACCAGGCUGAGAGCAAGAAGAUUCCGCUGUGGUUGGCCAAAUCUUCAGAGUUUGCUGACGAGCUGGACAG